GAUCUGAUGACGAAAACUUCCAGGUCUUAGUGUAAUCAUUUCACCUAUCGUUCAAUAUAAGUUCUUCUUUGUUGGUUAACUCCACUACGAAAGUUUAACUAUCUGAAUAUAAGAAAUAUUCGGUUUCUUAAGGGCUUCCAGGCCUUGAUGAGAGAACACACAUAUAUGGCUCGGAUCCUUAAUACAGAAAAAGCAUUGAGAAAUAAGAAUAAUUAUUUCUUUUUAGUUUCCUCUAGUCAAAAAUAAAAUAAAAUAAGAAUAAUAAAUUAUCCUUUUCCCCAAUAAUUAGUCUCCCUCACUCCAGCCAACAAAAUGUACCCAAAAAUAAUGGAAACAGUUUUUUCAAGUAUCCUUUUUGUCAUUUACUUACACACACUUAUUCUCUUUGUUGUUUUCUUAAUUAAAGACUGAUAUUUUCUAUAACGAGACUCGUAUAUGGCUAGUUAACAAUUUGAGUCAAAAAUAUAUUGUACUGUAUAGGUUUCUGUAGAGUUGAAACAUAUAUUUUGGUUGGAGAAUACAAUAAUUUAGCAUUUGUAUAAUUAUUUUAUAAACCUUUGUAAAUUGUAUGUCUAUUUAUAACAUUUAUUACCAAUUUUACAUUCUAAAUUUUACUUUAUAAAACAUUUACAAAAUAUUAUAUUCAAAAAAUGGAUGAAAAUAUAGAAUCAUAUGAAUCAUCUCCAUAUUUGGUACUUUCGCAAAUCUUAUGAAUGAAUGUGACGAAUAUUCUCUGUUAAAAUUUAAUUAGCGAUUUGAAAAAAUAUUAUGAUAUGGGUACUGUAGGAUUGGUUUUUAAAAAUCUCAUGUCUAUGUUGUUUUUAUUUACAAUUUAUUAAAUGGCAAUAAUGUUUAACCUAAAUCUAGCUUCAUAAUGUUACACACAAAAUGGAAAAAUAGCUAUUCCCUCUAUUUCAUAUUAAGUGUUGUUUAAUAUUUUUUAACAUUAAUUAAGAAAAUUGUCAAAUUUUCUGUUUUACCUCUAUUCAUAUAGUUUUAUGUUUUUUUAUUACUUAAUGAAUUAAAAAUAAAAAUAAAAUUAGAAAAUUGAUUAAAUAUGUGAAUUAGAAUGUAAAACGACACUUAUAAUGAAACAAAAAUUUAAAAUUGAAAUGACACUUAAUAUGAAAUAGAAUGAAUAUCGACUCAGGGCCAGCACAGAUAGGGGGCGAGCGGUGCGAUCGCCCUGGGCCCAAUCCGUUGUCCCCUACUUUUUAAUAGAUAAGAGUCCGAUUUUAUAAAAAAAUACAUGUAAAAAAGGGCCCACAUUUUUUUAUAUGAAAGUAUUUUUUUAUUUCCAUAGAUUUAUGUUUAAAAAUACUUCUAGUAUUUUGAAAAAAAGAAUAUAUAUCUAUCAGAUUUUUUUUAAAAAAUAAUAGUUUCAAAAUUAAUUUUUUUUCUUUUUUGCUCCAGGACCCAUAACACCAUUGAGCCGGUCAUGUAUCAACCACACAAAGUACAACACAUGUUUCAUGAUGAUAAAUAGCAUUGGCUAUAUAACCCAGUUUCAAUGAAUAUCUUGAGAAACACAUCUAUAAUUAGAAACAGAGAACAAAUACCAAACAUUAAAGAGAAACAAGAGACAAUGUCUAUUUCUCUCUAUCUCGUCGGUUCUCUAAUCAUUGCACUCGUCUUUAUAAUAUUCCCGAGACUGAUCAAAUCAAACUCCAAACUUCCUCCGAGCCCUCCGAGCCCUCCAAAGUUUCGAUCAUCAGAAACUUGCAUGAGCUGGGAGAAUUGCCACAUCAGUCUCUUUGGAGACUGUCCAGAAAGUAUGGUCCCGUGAUGCAUUUGAAGCUUGGUGCAAUCCCAACGGUCGUAGUUUCUACUCCUGACACAGCAAGACAAGCUCUUAAAGUCUUUGACCUCAACUGUUGUAGCCGUCCACCAUUGGCAGGUUCAGGGAAACUCUCUUACGACUAUAAGGACAUUGCUUUCUCUCCUUAUAAUGAGUACUGGAAAGAAGUAAGAAAGCUCGCGGUUCAGCAACUCUUCAGUUAUAGACAAGUUAACUUGAUUCAACCCAUCGAGGACGAGGAGGUCAAGUAUCUCAUGGAUUCACUCGCCAAAGCAGCUUCUCAGAAUAAUCCGGUUAACUUGGGCGACAAGUUACUUGCUUUGACUGUGAGUGUGGUAUGCAGGGCAUCAUUUGGUGUGGUUUUCCAAGAGACUGUGCUCAAUAAUGACAGUUUCAACAAGUUAAUCCGUGAGGCAUUUGAGAUAUUGGGAAGUUUCUCUGCCUCAAAUUUUUUUCCGUACGUGGGAUGGUUCUACGACUGGUUAACAGGUUUACAAGGACGGAGGGGAGAAGUUGUGAGAGGUCUUGAUGCCUUCUAUGAAGAAAUGAUUGGUACACAUAGACAAGAAAAGAAAGAGGGGAGUGAAGAUUUUGUGGACAUGCUUUUGAGGUUAACGAAAGAAGAAGCUGUUCUUGGCAAUGAAAAGCUCACAAGAAACCAUAUCAAAGCAAUCUUGAUGAAUGUUCUUCUGGCUGGGAUCGAUACAUCUGCAGUAAGCAUGGUGUGGACAAUGGCAGAACUGGUGAGGAACCCACGAGUGAUGAAGAAAGUUCAAUCCGAAAUCAGAGACCAUGUCAAGCACAAAGGAAGUAUCACCUUCGAUAGCAUAGAUCAGCUACCCUACCUGAAAAUGGUGAUUAAAGAAACAUGGAGGCUACAUCCUGUAGCACCUCUUCUGCUUCCAAGAGAAGUAAUAUCUGAGUUUCAGAUCAACGGCUACACAAUACAACCCAAGACACAUCUUCAUGUUAACGUAUGGGCUAUUGGGCGUGAUCCUGAUACUUGGAAAGAUCCAGAGACUUUUCUCCCAGAGAGGUUUAUGGAUAGCAACAUUGAUGCAAAAGGACAGAACUUUGAGCUGUUAACAUUUGGAAGUGGUAGGAGAAUGUGUCCUGGAGUGUACAUGGGAACAUCAAUGGUGGAGUUUUGUCUAGCGAAUAUGUUGUAUCAUUUUGAUUGGAAGUUACCAGAAGGCAUGUCUGUAGAAGAUGUCGACAUGGAAGAAGCUCCUGGGCUCACUGUGACAAUGAAGAAUGGACUUUCUCUUGUUCCUAUGAAGUUUUUUGAUCAUUGAUCACUUGAACUACCCCUUCUUCUUGCUACGAUGAAGUAUUUGGAUCAUUGAUCACUUGAACUAAGUUAUUUGAUUAGAUUAUAAAAUAAAGUACGUUAUCGACCGUACUAAGUGUUCCUUUGUUUUGUUUUAGUAAGUCUAUCCAAUAAAAACUCUCUAUUUCUUUUU